CAGCAACGUUGAUUCAGAUGGUUGGAUGAUAUCUCUUCUGCAGGCUGGCUGUCAUGCAUCAAAUCUUCGGAUUUUGUAUAGGUUAAGUCGCACGUUAUGUGUUGUGUAAACUGGUUUGCUGACAUGGAGGGUUCCACACAGAAUAUAUGUAUGCCACUACCAAUAACACUUACUACCAAAGUAACUACGAAAGAACAGCGAGAGCAAUAUUUACUGAAUUUUCUAAAAAAUGUGUUGCCUUCAAGCGAUGUUAGUGGAAUUGGUAAUGAGCUUAAAAAGGUAUUCAUAUUCAACAAACACAAAAACAAAGUUUAUAAAAAGAUGCCGCAAAAGUCUCCGUUCAUGACAAUGAGGAAAGGCAUUCUUCUAGGUCUCAACAAAUUUGGAAAGAAAAGUCUCCGUUAUACAGAAAUGUUGUCCCUGAAUUCAUUAUGGCUUGGAUACAUGCAUCAUAUGCUUGGUCUGCAGGAUUUUAAAACAUUGCCAAUAAAUCCUACAGACUCUCAAUGGGAAAAUGUUAAUCAGCAUUUGAUCAAAGCAGACUUUCAUGGUGCCAUAGUGACAAUUGUACAAUCAAAGUGUCCAAGUACUGUUGGAAUUAGAGGGAUCAUAAUACAAGAUACCAAAAACACAUUUAGAAUAUUAAGUGAAGAUGAUGUAAUUAGAACGAUAGCCAAAGAGUCAUGUGUUUUUCGAAUACACUUAGAAAACAGCAUAAAUAUCGAAAUUUUUGGAAAGGAACUUUGCAUACGUCCAGCAGAACGAUCUGUCAAGAAAUUUAAAAAUAAUCAUGUACCUAAGCUUUAG